AUGCAUCAAUACUCUCUAACUCUUCUGGCAUCAGCGCUGCUAUAUUCUCAUGGAGUCGUGGCUGCAGAAUUUGCCCAACUGGCCAUCGAGUGGUGUCUCGAUCACCCAGAUGCAGAGGGCGGAUAUGCGCAGUGCGUCAGUAAGGUUGUUUGCAAGCCACCAGGUCAGACAAGCGGAACCGGUCACGACUCUGUGGCCUGCGUGUCGUACGGCGAAUGUGAUUGCUCUCGAUUUAAAAACAAAGAUAGCGAUGAGUAUUUCCAGUGCAUUUCAAACUCCAACUGCGCCGCGUGCACUUCACCGGACAUCACGCCUGUACCCUCAACGUCUUCAAUUUACGAACUUGAGACACUAGCUCCAGGCACCUACACGCUUACAUAUGAUGGGACUACCAAGACUGCCGUCGUGCCUCCUCCUACUGCCACAGUAACGGAUUUAACUGCAGUCACGGUGGUUUCAGCCUACACAAUGACUGUGGCGGAGAGCCCGACUGCUAGAACGACUCUCAUACAGACUCCUACAUACAAGACCACAACUUCUAUUCUCGCCACACAGACGACGGAGGACCCGACAGCUAGAACGACUCUCACACAGUCUCCUUCAUACAAGACCACAACUUCGAGUAUUGCCACACAGACGACUGCAAAUGUGACUGAAAGCACAGCCCCUACCUCAACAGCUCCUCCAUUGUGCCCAUCCUACUGCGAUUGUGAGCCAAAGUACGGAGAUACUGACGCGUACGAGGCUUGUCUUCAGCAGCCCGAGUGUGCUGGUUGCGGGAUCCCAUUCCCGCCAUUGCCCGACCCGAUCCCGGAGCCUACUGCAACGAGCUGCCAGAAUUCGACCACCAAGCCAGCGCCACAGCCAACCCCGUCAUGCGCUGCCUGGUGUGACUGUUCAAAGAUCGCCGACAAAAGCAGCAAUGCUUACUUCCAGUGCGUCACGGACCCCAACUAUUUGGACGCAUGA